CUCCUGUUCCCCUCUUUUGAUUUGAUAAACCCUAAUUUGGUGGAUAUGCGCAAUUGAUUUUGAAAUUGCUAAUUACAGGUGUUGUCGUCGUCGAUGGAGGUGGGGGUUGUGCCGGAGGCGACGGAGAGCUUGGGGAAGAGCGAGAGCGUGGCGGUGCUGGGAAUGGAUAGAGAGGCAAGGGUGCUGAGGUACAGAGAGAAGAGGAAGAACAGAAAGUUCGAUAAGACGAUUCGAUACGCGUCGAGGAAAGCGUACGCGGAGACGAGGCCGAGAAUUAAAGGGAGAUUCGCGAAGCGGUCUGAGCUGGAGGUGGAGUCGCUCCUCGGCGGCGACGCUGCGUCGUACGGCGUCGUUCCGAGCUUCUAGUGAGAUCC